CGCUGCUAUCCUCACUGUCAUUCGGCUGAAAACUGGUGACUGCCUAAAGCCUGGAAGUGUUAGCUUGCCAUUUAUCCACGGUUGUUGACCUGGUUUUUCGUGACCUGGCUGACGGAGCCUCUAAUGACUUAAGGCGCCGUUUAUUAGUCUAGUGAGGUUUUCGAUCUUACACUGGCAGGUUAGCAGCAAGCUAGCGGGCCGUUGUCAGCCAGGACCCAGAAAAGCAGCAUCAUCAUCAAUGGUGUGUCUACAUCCCGGAGCCGUCACAUUUUCCUGUGUCCGCUCAAUGAACCAUCUCCUCAGCUCACAUCACAGCUGCACAUGUAUGGCGUUUGCGAGGCUUGGAGGGGAGUUUUGCCAAGCCCAGCACCUGCUGCUUAUUGUGGACAAGUGAACAGGAGACACCAGCUAGGCGCAAACACUGCCAUUCACACACACAGGUCCUUACUGCCAUCCUGUUCAACCCAUAUGAAGACAAGCCAAUCUUCAGUCUGUCACCUGUCCUGGGGAGUAGGGGAGGAUUUGGUUUUAUCCCAGGAGUCUCUGCUUCCUCUCUGCUCUUCCCCUUUCCUGCUUUUCCUUUCUUCUUCUACUCUGACUUGCACAAGUCUUCUCUGAAUGGGCUAACAGAUUUGAAAGAAAAGAAGUACAGAUAUUUUUUUUCUGUCUUCAUUUUUUUUCCUUCUUCAGGACUUUGGGUGUAUUCUUUCCAGUCUCCUUGACCCCCAAUCUGCUACAUUUUCGUUGUUUUUUUAACCAAGCCAAUUUUAGUUUUUUCUUAAUUGCCAAGAAAAGAUUUUUUUCCCCCCAGUUUCUUCCCCAAGGAAUUUGUUUUGUCUUUUUUUAGUCAGACUACUUUUGUGUCACCAGAGUAAUAUACUUUUACAUUCUUUGCCCAUAUAUGAUACUGAUGCAUUAGUUAGUAGUUUUCAAUUUUAUAACCUAACAUAUUUAUCUUUUUGUGAAAACAUUUUUUUUUUUGCUUUUUUUAGUUCAAACAAUCAGAGAACCUUUACUUUGACAUAUUUGAAGAUCUUGUCUGUUACUCCAUUCUUUGAAGCACAGUACCUUCGCUGAUCCUUCUUUCUUUCUUAACAAACUCUUGUGGGUCUAAAAAUGAACCGACCAGCUCCAGUGGAGAUCUCUUAUGACUGUCUGAGAUUCCUCAUCACGCACAACCCUACCAAUGCACAACUGGGAAGGUUCAUAGAGGAUCUGAAGGCAUUUGGUGUUAACACCCUGGUGAGAGUGUGUGCUGCUACGUAUGACAAGACACCAGUGGAACAAGAAGGCAUACAAGUCCUGGAUUGGCCGUUCGACGACGGCUCCGCACCCCCAGAUCAGGUGGUUGACGAUUGGCUGAACCUGCUGCAGACAAAGUUUAGAGACGAGCCUGGCUGCUGUGUGGCUGUGCACUGUGUUGCUGGAUUAGGACGAGCUCCUGUGUUGGUGGCCCUGGCUCUGAUUGAGUGUGGGAUGGAGUAUGAAGAUGCUGUUCACUUCAUAAGACUGAAGCGGCGCGGAGCGUUCAACUCCAAGCAGCUGCUUUACCUGGAAAACUACAAACCGAAGCUUUGUUUGCGCUCCAAAGAUGCAAACGGACAGAGCUGCUCCAUACAGUAGGAAUCAACAAGCACCCUCACAUCUUCACCGCAACUUCAUAGGAGACUUUUCAUCUUUUGAUUUUUAAAUGAAACGCUGAUGUGCAGGUAAAUAAUUUUGAUAAAAUGAAAGCUCAUAAAAUCUAUUUAAAGCACUUAAUGUUAUUCUAGAAAUUGGACACCGUAACACAUUUCUGAAAAUCUGAAAACACAGCUUGUGAGUAGGUUUCACUGUGGAUUGAUCUGUAACAUGGUGGUGUUAAUUUCUGAUUCCGCAUCCAAAACGAUCCUAAACAAGUGUCGGUGUUAGAGGGUUUUCUUCAGCUCCGUGUUCUAUAACCUCACAUUGUCUUUUCAUUGAUAUGUAGCAAAAAUACACACACACACACACACGUUAAAGGGAAACCCCCACAGUCAGACCAAAUUAAUUUAAUGUCACAAUCACUGUGAAAUCAAGCUUGUUUAGCUGUAAAAGUUAAAACUAUUUAUUCCAAAGGUUAUUUUCUCAAUUUACUGUCACAGGUGCAACUGCAAAAAACGUCAGCAGCUUUGUUCUGAUUUGCAGUUUUGACAUUGGGAUCAGACAUAAUAAAAUCUAUGUUUAGGGUAGAUUUCAAAUUCUUUUGUUUUGCCAACAGUUGAUCAUUCCUGUGAUGUUAAACCGGUCUGCAGCUUGAUAUUUGUUGUUAGCUACAACACUAGAAAUGCUGAACACAUAGUUGGUGGUUUCUCCUCACUGACCAAAUCAAUGUCCUGCAGCCAGAGUGUGGUGCAGAUUAUAAACAACUCAGACAAUAUUUUAAAAAAUGUGUUUUAAGAAAUAAUAAAAAAAACAAAUGUACUCAGUUUGAUGCAAAUGUGAAAUAUGCUUUAUACCACAGUCUACCUACCUGCUGUUUGUUCCUAGCCAGAGUCAAAGGUACACAGUCUUGCUUCUCUAGAACAAACUCGUGUUGGCUGUCAAUGUUUCACACUGUCCUUCCUUCAUAAUGUCACAAAGGCAAGAAGGCCAACAUGUUUAAGAUCAGUUGGUGAAUGUAUUCAUGAAGGAACACUUGAAUAUUUUUGCUAGAUUGUCCUAUUAGCUGUUAAAGGUUAAGAAUCACAAGCAAAAUAAUCAGUAUGUCUUUAGUUUAUCGGUCCCGAUGCUUCCAUAGACUCUAUUUCAGACUACAUAAUGUUGAGCUAUAAUCAACAUAUUGUGUUUGAGUGAUAGCAUACACUAAUGUAUGUGAUAUCAGUCUUUCUGCUGAAGAAGCCGUGUGGUAAUCUGCGCUGUAAGAGUCCAGAUUGUGCUGCUGAACGAUGGUCGGCUCAAUGCAAACACAUGAGCGCGCUAUUAAAGAUGGUAAAAAUACAAACAUGUAAAUCAUUUUUGAUGACCAAGUCGUCCUGACUGAAAUGUAAAAUAACUAAUGGGACAAUAUACCAAAUAUUAUCUGUGUUCCUAUUACAGCAGCAUCAAUGGAUCAGGACUGUGGAGCCAACAUACCACAGUUCUGUUCAAUCUCUGGCUCUGUACCUACUAGCUAGCUGUCUGGUCAGCCGCCGUGUUUGUAAGAUGCUGUUGGUCUUUGUGAUGUUAUUUUUCUGUAUUAUUUCCCCCUCCUGUAUCCUUUAUCUAUUUGUUGUUCUUAUUUAUUUAUUGAUUCCACUGUGUUUCUUUGUGAGAUGUCUGUCUGCUGGGGAGAAAAGUUAUUAGUGUCUUCUUGAAAAUUAAAGUGUUUAGUACUGUAA